AUGACAGAUAAACUUUAAACCUAUGGUACAAUAAUCUUUAAACAUUAGCAAAUAGAGAUGAAAAGCUUUUAAAUACAGAUAAUAGAGCUGAAUUUUCAUUAGGAAAAUUUACUCCAAUUGAAUUAGAAUGGGAUAAACUUAUAAUUAAUGCUACAAUUUAAGUUGGAUAAGUAUAUUUAGUCAUAAAUUAUUCAUAGAUUAGCACUUAAAAGUGUUUAUUAAAUAAUAUUAAAGGAGUACUGAAAUCAGCACAUUUCACUGCAAUUCUUGGACCUUGUGGAUCAGGUAAAACUACUCUUUUAAACUUUUUGUCUGGUCGUUUAACAUCUGACAAUUUACAAAUAUCAGGAGAAUUAAUGUUGAAUGGAAAAAGAAUAGAAGAUAUUGAUAAAUUCAAUGAUUAAAUUGCAUAUGUUAUGUAAGAUGAUAUAUUACUUGCAACAUUCUCACCAAGAGGUACAAUAACUAUAAACGCUUUUAGAGGCCUUUUACUUUUCAGCUAAUAUGAGAUUAACAAUAUCUGCAGAAGAAAAGCAGUAAAGAGUAGAAGCUCUGAUCAGAGAGUUGGGUAUUAAAAAAUGUGCAGAUACUAGAGUAGGAAAUACUUAAAUUAGAGGUAUAUCAGGAGGUGAAAGAAAAAGAGCAAGUAUUGGUGUAGAAUUAUUGACAAAUCCAAGUUUGAUCUUUCUUGAUGAACCAAUUACUAGUUUAGACUCCUCAACUGCCUUAAAAGUUAUUGAUCUUCUAAAAAGAUUAGCAAAAAAUGGAAGAACUAUUGUCAGUACUAUUCAUUAACCUUCAUCUGAAAUCUUUAACACUUUUGAUAGACUUAUGCUUUUAGUCAGAGGAAAUAUUAUCUAUUAAGGAGAUGCUGAAUAAGCUAUUAAUUAUUUUGCAAAUAUGGGCUUUUAAUGUCCCAAUUUUUCAAAUCCUUCUGAUUACUUUAUGAAAUUAAUGAAUGAAGAAGGUCUUUUAGUAGAGAAAAUAUAGGAAGGAGAAUCUGAAGACUUUGAUGAAACUAAAAUUAAAGAAGAAUUUGAAGAAAGACUUAAAUAAUUUAUAAAUAAUUAUUACUCUUCUAAUAUGAUUAGAGAAUUGCAAUCAAGUGAAAAUUCUGUAAUCAAAGAAAAUGAUUCUGAAUUUCAUAUUGGAUUCAUUUAAUAAUUUGUUUUAAUCUAUAAAAGAUCCUUUUUCAAUGAAAUUAGAAAUCCUAACUAUGUGAAAUUAAAAAUAUUUUAAUCAAUUAUUAAUGCAAUCAUUCUUAUGUUAGUUUAUUCAGAUGUAAAUAUUUAUUGUAAUAUAACAGUUAGGAAAAUAUAAUGAAGGAUUAUAAAAUCGUUUUGGAGUACUAUUUUUAAUAAAUAUAUUUAAUGUAUUUGGAGGAAUCCAAGGUGCCCUUUAUACAUUUUCUAUGGAAAGACCUUUAUUUUUAAGAGAAAGAAUAAAUAAAACUUAUAGUGUACAUUCAUUCUUUUGGGCAAGAUCUUUGGCAGAACUUCCUUUUUAGAUUUUAUAUCCAUCUAUUUAUGUUAUNUAACUAUAAACGCUUUUAGAGGCCUUUUACUUUUCAGCUAAUAUGAGAUUAACAAUAUCUGCAGAAGAAAAGCAGUAAAGAGUAGAAGCUCUGAUCAGAGAGUUGGGUAUUAAAAAAUGUGCAGAUACUAGAGUAGGAAAUACUUAAAUUAGAGGUAUAUCAGGAGGUGAAAGAAAAAGAGCAAGUAUUGGUGUAGAAUUAUUGACAAAUCCAAGUUUGAUCUUUCUUGAUGAACCAAUUACUAGUUUAGACUCCUCAACUGCCUUAAAAGUUAUUGAUCUUCUAAAAAGAUUAGCAAAAAAUGGAAGAACUAUUGUCAGUACUAUUCAUUAACCUUCAUCUGAAAUCUUUAACACUUUUGAUAGACUUAUGCUUUUAGUCAGAGGAAAUAUUAUCUAUUAAGGAGAUGCUGAAUAAGCUAUUAAUUAUUUUGCAAAUAUGGGCUUUUAAUGUCCCAAUUUUUCAAAUCCUUCUGAUUACUUUAUGAAAUUAAUGAAUGAAGAAGGUCUUUUAGUAGAGAAAAUAUAGGAAGGAGAAUCUGAAGACUUUGAUGAAACUAAAAUUAAAGAAGAAUUUGAAGAAAGACUUAAAUAAUUUAUAAAUAAUUAUUACUCUUCUAAUAUGAUUAGAGAAUUGCAAUCAAGUGAAAAUUCUGUAAUCAAAGAAAAUGAUUCUGAAUUUCAUAUUGGAUUCAUUUAAUAAUUUGUUUUAAUCUAUAAAAGAUCCUUUUUCAAUGAAAUUAGAAAUCCUAACUAUGUGAAAUUAAAAAUAUUUUAAUCAAUUAUUAAUGCAAUCAUUCUUAUGUUAGUUUAUUCAGAUGUAAAUAUUUAUUGUAAUAUAACAGUUAGGAAAAUAUAAUGAAGGAUUAUAAAAUCGUUUUGGAGUACUAUUUUUAAUAAAUAUAUUUAAUGUAUUUGGAGGAAUCCAAGGUGCCCUUUAUACAUUUUCUAUGGAAAGACCUUUAUUUUUAAGAGAAAGAAUAAAUAAAACUUAUAGUGUACAUUCAUUCUUUUGGGCAAGAUCUUUGGCAGAACUUCCUUUUUAGAUUUUAUAUCCAUCUAUUUAUGUUAUCAUCGUUUAUUAUGUUAUUGGAUUAAGUGAUAUUCAUAUUGGAAAAUUCUUCAUGUUAAUAUUAAUUUAAUUAUUAACAUAUUAAUAUGCGGUAUCAUUUGGAUUACUUUUAUCAAUAAUAAUACCAAAUAUAUAAUUAACUACUUCAAUAAUGUCUGCUUUAGUUAUGCCUUUUAUGAUAUUAGGUGGAUUAUUUGUUAACCAAGAUAAUAUUCCUUAUAUUUUCUAUCCAUUCACUUAUUUAUCAAUGUUUAAAUAUGGAUUUGAAGCUUCAGUUAUUGUAAAAUAAUUGUCUUAUUAUUUAAUAGAAUGAGUUUGAUGAUGUAAAAUAUGAAUGUUUACCAGAAUAAGAAUGCAAUCCUGUAGAAAUGUUAUCAAUCACUCUAUCUAAAUGGGAAUGCUGUUACAUUUUAAUAGGAUUGACUUUUGGAAUUAAAAUAAUUGCUUAUUUAGCUCUUCAUCUCAUUUCAAGUCCUGAAAAACCAAAACUCAGAUCACCUGAAAACAUGUAAAUUAUGAAUAAUCAAAGUUGA